CUUGUUCUCCAAAUCAUCUCCCUUCUUCUUCUUCGUCGUCGCUGAGGGCUUCUGAUCGGAGACGUGGCAAUGCGCGAGCGUUGGGCCUCCACCUACGCCGACGCCGUCUCCGUUGCGCUCGCCUUGAUUCUCCUCGGCCGCCUUCCCGUUGGCUGCUGUCAGGGCUUCAGCGGCGGAAUCAACCCGCCGCCGACAUCUCCGCUGUUAUGGCUGCUCAACGACGCCGUUGAUAACCUCACCAGCAACAUAUUUCCGGAAGUCAAAGAUCGCUUCGGCUUCUGCAUCAAAGAUCCGCAGGAAGAUUGGGAUCAGACAUUUAAUUAUACGAACAAUAUGGACUUCUUGCGGGACUGCGCAACCAAAUUCCCCGAUCUUUCUGCACGCUUGUGCACAGAAGCAGAAGUCAAGCUCUACUUUAACAGUUUCAUUGAUAAUGGAGGAACGACUAAUUUCUUGAAACCCAACAUAAACUGCAACUCAAGUUCAUGGGUAUCUGGAUGUGAGCCAGGAUGGGCAAGCAGAGUUAGUACAGAUGCAAACGUGGAUGAUCAAGAAUCUGAAUAUUUGCCUCCUAGAACUCUUGACAGUCAACCUUGUUGUGCGGGCUUUUUUUGCCCUUAUGGUCUUACUUGCAUGAUACGUGCAUAUUGCCCAAUUGCAACACUCAACAGAACUACAGGACGUUGUGAUCCAUACAAUUACCAGCUACCCCCAGGGAAAACAAAUCAUGCUUGUGGUAGCGCAGAUAUUUGGGCUGAUGUUGAUCAUAGUGGUGAUCUAUUCUGCCCUGCAGGAUACUACUGUCCAAGCACAAUUCAGAAAAUUAAUUGCAGUAGUGGACACUAUUGCAGGAUGGGUUCUACUUAUGAAACAAGUUGCUUGAGGUCAAGUUCAUGUCAUUCGAACACAGAGAAUCAAAAUAUUACUAUCAUUGGUGCUUUAGUAAUGGUUGCAUUGGUUUUGUUGUUAUUCAUUAUCUACAACUUCUCUGACCAAAUUCUUGCUCAUCGGGAAAGAAGACAAGCCAAAUCGAGGGAAACUGCUUCAAGGACAGCUAGAGAAGCUGUUCAAGCUCGUGAAAGGUGGAAAGCAGCAAAAAAUCUUGCAAUCAAGCAUGCAGUUGAAAUUCAAGGUCAGAUAUCUCAUACAUUUUCAUUGAAAAGAUCCAAAAAACAACCAGAACCACAGAAAGUUCUUGGUCUUUCUAGGUGGUCAUCUGAUGCAUCAAUACCAGAGAUUGAGGAACCAAGUAUACUUAGUAAUAUGUCACAUUCAUCUGAAAAGAUCUCUGGUAGUUCAGAAAGUGUCCAUUCAAAUACUGGAGACAAGAAACCCAAAAAGAAUGCAAUGAAAGACAAACAUAUGCAUACUCGUACCCAAAUCUUUAAGUAUGCCUACAGUGAAAUUGAAAAAGAGAAAGCGCUGCAGCAGGAAAUAAAGUUGACCUUUUCAGGAGUAAUUUCUAUGGCCAGAAAGAAUGAAAUCAGAACAAGACCUCUCGUAGAGAUUAGUUUCGAGGACCUAACUUUAGUUCUUAAAAGGAACAAGAAGCAACUUCUGAAGAAUGUGACAGGGAAACUUAUUCCUGGCCAUGUAACUGCAAUCAUGGGCCCUUCCGGUGCAGGUAAAACCACCUUUCUUUCUGCUUUGGCUGGAAGGACAGCUGGAUGUCAGAUGAGUGGCUUAGUUCUUAUAAAUGGAAAGGUUGAACCUAUACAUGCACAUAGGAAAAUCAUUGGUUUUGUGCCGCAAGAUGAUAUUGUUCAUGGAAACUUGACAGUGGAGGAAAAUCUUUGGUUCAGUGCUAAGUGUAGACUUUCCACAGGUAUGUCAAAAGCUGAUAAGGUUUUAAUUGUUGAAAGAACUAUAGACUCCUUGGGGUUGCAAGCAGUACGGAAUUCCUUAGUUGGGACAGUAGAGAAGCGUGGAAUUUCUGGUGGGCAGAGAAAGCGAGUAAAUGUUGGGCUUGAGAUGGUCAUGGAACCGUCUCUUUUGAUGCUGGAUGAACCAACAUCAGGUUUAGAUAGUUCUUCAUCUCUGCUGCUACUUAGAGCCCUUCGUCGUGAGGCAGUUCAAGGAGUAAACAUCUGCAUGGUUGUUCACCAGCCCAGCUAUACUUUGUUCAACAUGUUCGACGACUUGAUACUUUUGGCCAAAGGUGGUUUAAUUGCAUAUCAAGGCCCAGUGAAGAAAGUUGAAGAAUACUUUGCAGGCCUAGAGAUUAUGGUCCCUGAGCGUGUCAACCCUCCAGACUACUUCAUUGACAUUUUAGAGGGUAUAGUGAAGCCAAGCACAUCAGUAGGUGUUAAAUCCAACCAGCUCCCGCUUAUAUGGAUGUUGCAUAAUGGGUAUAAUGUACCCCCUGAUAUGCACAAUGAACUCGAUUCUGUUAACGCAUCAGUUGAAAGUAGAACAUGCUCUGCUAGUGUUGGUUCAGAUGAGGAUUCUGGUGCUGCAAAUGUUUGGAGAGAUUUAAAAGGUGGCUUCGAAGAAAAGCGAGAUUACUUAGAGCAUAAUGUUUCAAAAUCAAAAGGUUUAGCAAACCGAAUAACUCCUGGUAAAUUUAAACAAUACAAAUACUAUCUUGGGAGGGUCUCCAAACAGCGCCUGCGUGAAGCUACAACACAAGCUGUUGAUUAUUUGAUCCUUGGUCUUGCUGGAGUCUGUUUAGGAAUAAUCACUAAAGCGAAUGAUACAAAUUUGGGGGCAGCUGGUUAUACAUACACUGUUAUUGCUGUUUCUCUCUUGGGCCAGAUUGGUGCUUUGAGAUCAUUUUCAAUUGAAAAGUUACAAUAUAUGAGAGAGAGAGCAUCUGGAAUGAGUUCACUAGCUUAUUUUCUCUCAAAAGAUACUAUUGAUCAUUUCAACACAGUCGUCAAGCCUGUAGUUUAUCUCUCAAUGUUUUAUUUUUUCAGUAACCCAAGGUCAUCAUUUGCAGACAACUACAUCGUUUUGUUUGCCCUUUUUUAUUGUGUAACUGGUAUUGGUUAUACUUUUGCCAUCUGCUUCCAACCAAGUUCUGCCCAACUGUGGUCUGCUCUCCUUCCUGUUGUUUUGACUUUGAUAGCAACUCAGCAGAAAAAUUCAAAGAUACUUGUUAAUUUAUGCUACCCAAAGUGGGCAUUGGAGGCGUUCGUGAUUGUAAAUACCAAAAGGUACUCUGGCGUGUGGCUGAUGACACGGUGUGGUAUGCUUUCUAAGUUGGGAUAUAACAUCAAUCACUGGGGAGUUUGUUUGGCCGUUCUCUUUCUUUAUGGCUUUGUUUUCCGCUGCAUCGCUUUCGUUUGCUUGGUGAUGUUGAACAAAAAAUGAGGUUUAUAUGCUUCAUUCUCUAUCCAGUUCAAUAAAUCGGUGUACAUGAUACCACGCCAUUUUUCGACUCCAGCUUAUGCCAGGGAUCAAUACACGCACAGUACGACCCGGACACGCUUCAGCAACACGAUACAAAUGUAGUCUAACAAGGCGUGUAUACAUAAAUUUCUCA